AGUAAUCUUGUUCUCUUCGGAAGAGCAUUAUCCACACUCUGAAAGGAGGAAGGAAGGAAUACGAACAAACCCAGAGCAAGAAAAUCACUUGAGAAACCAGAAGAAGAAAAAUGGCUGCGCUUCAAAGCUCUAUGACUGCUCUUCAGAGCUCCAUGACUUCUCUUUCAAUCUCUUCUUCCAAUUCUUUUUUUGGCCAACGCUUCUCACCCACUCUCUAUCCUACUCCGGUUAAAUCUGUGGAGAAGCCAUGUCUGAUUGUAAUGAGGCUCAAGCGAUGGGAGCGAAAGGAAUGUAAGCCAAACAGUCUCCCAGUUUUGCAAAAAAUGCAUGUGAGGUUAGGGGAUACCGUGAAAGUUAUUGCUGGAAAUGAGAAGGGUAAAAUUGGAGAGGUCAUCAGACUCUUCAAGCAUAACAGCACUGUCAUUGUGAAAGAUAUGAACAUAAAGACCAAGCACGUGAAGCCCAAAGAACAAGGGGAGCCAGGACAGAUUGUGAAGGUCGAAGGACCUAUUCACAGUUCAAAUGUGAUGCUCUACUCGAAAGAUAAGGAAGUGCAUAGCCGUGUGGGUCAUAAAAUACUCGAGGAUGGAUCGAGGGUACGUUACCUAGUUAAAACGGGGGAAAUUAUUGACAACAAAGAUGACUGGAAGAGAGUAACCAAAGAAAAAAAGCAGGAAUUGGAGAAAGUUGAAGCCUAGGGCUUAUCAAUUUUGUCUGUUCAUGUAGAUACUGAAACUGUUGUACUAAACGUUCUUUUAUGUAUGCGCUUUCAUUGUUGGGUCAUUUUUGCUUUUUGGAUCUGUGAAGCCUCUCUCUGUAGACAGCUAUUAGUGUUUCAAUGGGUUAUAUUUCUCAAGCAUGAAAACUUUUUCAUGUUAACUAGCAGUGUCAGUCACUGGAAAGAGUGACUUCUGCGCUACUUAGUACUGUUUUUCACUUC